AUGGCUGCCUGCUUACCAGGUGUAGUGCUGGGAUGUGAUAUCUUGGUGGUGGAAGGGAGGAGAAAGAAGGAUUUUUUUUUUCUUAAAUUGUUUUUCCCCGUCUUUUGGGUUGCUCAUUGUUCUCUCUUUUUUUUCUUCUCUCAUCUCUUGUUUAUUUUAUCUUUUUUUUCUUCUUCUCUCAUCUCUCGUUUAUUUCUGAUGAGGUUUGCUCAUUACUUCACACGUCUCUUCUUCAUCGCUUUUCAACAAUUUUUCUUUUUUCUUUAUUUUCCCUCGUUUCCUUUUUCUUGUUUUGCAUAUUUAUUAGAUGUUUUUUACACUUCUUUCUUCUGUUUCUUUUUUUCUGUUUCUUUUUUUUUCUUUUUUGUUUCCUUUUUUGUUUUUUUUCUGUUUCUUUCUUUGUCAUUCUCACUUUUUAUCAUUUCUUUUUUAUUCAUUUUAUCAUUUCUUUUUUAUUCUUUGUAUUUCUGCGUUUUUCUUUUUCUUUCAUUAUUUUUCUAUAACUUUUUCAUUUUUUUUUGUGUACAUUCUUUUACUUGUUCAUAUUCUUUCGUAUUCUUCUUAUUUUUUUUCGGAAUUGUUUCUUUUCAAAUUUCUUUUCAUCUUUCUUUCUUUUUUAGACUAUUACCUUCGUUCUGUUUUCACGAACCUUUCUUUUCUUUUUCUUUCUUUUUUCUCAAUCUUUUUAAUUUCUAUUUUUUCUUUUCUUUGUCUUUACAAACAGCUUUCUUUCAUUUUCUUUCUUUAAGCUAUAAUAUUCAUUUUGUCUUCACUAACCUUUUUAUUUUUCUUUCUUUCUUCUUCACUUUCAUCUUCCUUUUUCGCCAUUUUUGUCUCUCCUUUCAUAUGUUUCUUCCUCCUUUUCACAUUAUUACUUGCUUUCUUUCUUUCCUUCUCGUCUUUCUCACUCUUUUCUCUCUUUCUUUACACCUCGUUCUCCUCUCAUUUUCCCUACCUUUCUUUCUUUCACUGUCAGUGUUUUUACUCACUUUCGUCCGUUCUUCUUCUUCUUCUUCUUCUUCUUCUUCUUCUUCUUCUUCUUCUUCUUCUUCUUCUUCUUCUUCUUCUUCUUUACGAAUCUUCCUUUCUUGCUCAUUUUUACACCAUUAG